ACAUGUUGCUGGAUCAGGUAAAUGAUGCAAGCUUGCUGUGAAUUGCUGCUGCUCAACUUUAAGAUGUUUCUAGAAUUAUUGCAAAACUUCUAAGAGCUGUGUUGACAACUUCCUCCAUUUUGCUGUGCUUAUUCAUUUUGCUCAUUUAUUUAGCCUCCCUUUUAUUGUAUUGUAUUUUAUUUUAUUAUUUUGUUCUGUGUUUUUGGCUUUGUUUGUUACUAUUUGUUUAUUUGUUUUCAGGCCAGCUCUCUUGAAAAACAGAAGUAGAAGUUUUGAUGAGACAUAACCUGAAGAUUUAACAUCUGCAUCCAAUUAAAAAGCAGUGCUUCCCUACAAAAAGGUGAUCCUGGUUGUGCCGACUGGCUAUGUAUAAUUCUGCAUACGUACUUGAUGAUCAUUCCGAUGAUGAAAUCCCCACCCAGCAAGCUAUUCAAGAAAGCUUACAAGACAUUCAUAAAAUGGAAAGAAGUGCCAACGCAAUAGAGGAUGAAAGUUUCCUGUGCGUUGGAAGUAAAGAACGUGAAGAGAUAAUUGCAGCAAUUCGGACAGGCCAAGAAGAGGCCUUGAAGAAGUUGGCGAGGCACAGCUCUGCUUUUGAGGAAGCAGACCAGCAAGGCUGGCUUCCUAUGCACGAGGCUGCAGCACAGCUAAAUAAGAACAUUCUUGAAAUAACUUUAAAAGCCUCCCGUGCUGUUACGUGGGAACAGACCACACUUAGAGGGGAAACACCUCUCAUGGUGGCAGUCAGAAACUGCUUCUUGGAAAACGUCCGCUUUCUCCUGCUCAAUGGUUGCAAUCCCAAUAUUAAGAAUGAAGAUGGAGAUUCUCCUUUAGUUGUAGCAAUUAAACACAAUUCAUAUGAGGUAGCCUCCUUGUUGAUAAAUUUUGGAGCAAAAGUGAAUUUGCAAUGUAUCCACAAGAGGACUGCUUUACACGAGGCUGCCAGGCUUGGCAGAAAAGAUCUGGUGUUGCUUCUCCUUCAUUCUGGAGCAGAUCCUGAUCCUCGCAGUGGGUAUGGGCUCACACCUCUAGCACUGGCUGCACAAGCUGGACAUACAGAAAUUAUGGAGCUCUUAUUGCAAAAAGGUGCUGAUGUUCUUUCACAGGCAAUGGAUUAUUCUUCUGUAUUAUUUGAAGCAGCAGGAGGAGGAAAUCCAGACUCUCUGAAUCUUUUGCUAGAAUAUGGGGCUGAUGCUAAUGUACCAAAGCACUCAGGUCAUUUACCGAUCCACAGAGCUGCAUACAGAGGACACUUUCUGGCCUUAAAGAAUUUAGUUCCAGUUACUAAUUUUGAUGCCAUUAAAGAAAGCGGAAUAAGUCCAAUUCACUCAGCAGCAGCAGGAGCACAUCCUCAGUGCCUCGAGUUUCUCCUCAAGUCUGGAUUUGAUGCCAAUUUUAUGCUGGAUCAAAGAAUUCGCAAAGGCUACGAUGACCGCCGGAAAUCAGCAUUGUACUUUGCUGUUUCAAAUGGGGAUAUCAGUUCAGCACAGUUGCUGUUGAAUGCUGGAGCCCUGCCAAACCAAGAUCCCAUCAACUGUCUCCAAAUAGCCUUGAGAAUGGGCAACUAUGAGUUAAUGAAUUUACUGCUCCGGCAUGGGGCUAAUGUUAAUUACUUCUGCAGAGUGAACACAACGCAUUUUCCAUCAGCUCUGCAGUAUGCUCUGAAAGAUGAAGUCAUGUUAAGAAUGCUGAUGAACUAUGGCUAUGAUGUGCACCGCUGCUUUGAUUGCCCUCGGGGAGAUGUUUCCCAUUCCCAGUAUGUGACUGAUGGAUGGACUUCUACUGUUAUCAAAGAUACAAAGUUCUGUGAAGUGAUAACCUUGUCGUGGCUGAAGCAUCUUUCUGGGAAAGUAGUGCGAGUAAUGUUAGACUAUGUUGAUCAUGUUAACAUCUGCUGGAAGCUAGAAGCAGCUCUCAAAGAACAGGAGCUCUGGCCAGACAUCAAUUCAAUUUUAACAAAUCCUCGCUCUCUGAAGCAUCUUUGUCGCCUGAAGAUACGGGAAUGCAUGGGCCGGUUGCGUCUCCGUUGUCCUGUCUUCAUGACCUUCCUUCCACUGCCAAAUUGCUUGAAAGACUACAUACUAUACAAGGAAUAUGACCUUUAUGGACCGCAAAGUCUCUUGGGAACCCCCAGUGUCAACUGCACGUAAUUAUUCUGUGUUUUGAAGGGAACGUUGAGAUGUUUAUGGUCCAUGUGACAGUACAAGACAACAUCUGGCCGCAGGCUGAUGCCACAUGGCCUGACUGGAUAACAGCAAAAGCACAAGUACUUCUGCAAGCUACUGGCUACUCUGAGGACGAACGUGCUGAAACAGAAGGAAGAGAACCUGGAGCCUCUGUCUUGCUCAGCUUCCCACUCCACCUCCUCUUUUAAGUACUGUGAGCAUUUCCGCAGCUGCUCAAUUCCUUCUCUAUGCUGUGGUGCCGGUGGCACCAUGCCAGCAAUGCUCCCUUUUCUCUCCUGUGACAGGAGGCAGAUGCAGUUGGUUGCUGCAUAGAAAUGUCUAUCUAUCUCCAGCAUAAAAAGCAGAAGAUUGCCUUUGUUAGCCUAUGCAAAACUUCUGUGCAAUUAAGGAUAGUUGAUGGAUGUAGAUGCCUACUAAUGACAUCUACAGCCGUCUAGCACAGAGGUCCUGAAAUUCCUCACUUGAUCAGCACCAUGCAAUUCUAGCUAUGAAGGGCUGGGCUGAAAGCCGAAGACUAAAAAUGCUCUGCAAUGAACUGUAAAACACUCUUAACCGUUAUAAAACAUCUUAGAAUAUAUUCUUCUCUUUCUAGAUUUUCUGUUAUGCUCAGGCCACUAUUAGAGAGACAUCUCUUCCAUUGGAGUUUAGUAUUUAUAGUAAUUAGUGCAAAAAUAAAUAUUUCUUCUUACUUCAAA